AUGGCACUGAGCUUGGUUCCCUCCCGCCUCUGCUUGCCGUUUCCUCACUCCCCGCAGAUUCUCAGAGUCGCUUCGUUCUCCUCGAAAGGUGGAGGCGCCUUCUUGUUCCUCGUGAGCAGAUGGCCGGCGAUGUCGUCUUCGGGGCCUAGAUGUUUGCUGGUUUCCAGAGCUUCAUCCGGUGGAGAUGGCGCGGGAGACGAGAGCUUGGGUCCCGGCUCGCUGGAGGACGGGCUAUUGAGGCGGGUUUUGGGUGCCAAGGAUGCCGAUCAGGUGCUGGAUGUGAUCGCCGAGUACCGUGGCGAGGGGCUCGGCGUCGUGGGGGCUGAUCAAUGCUGUUCGAUCAUCGAGGCGGCACUCGACCGCAACAACACAGAGCUGGCUCUGUCUGUGUUUUCUGCCAUGCGUUCAAGCUCUGCUCCAGGUACGAUGGAGUGCUUUGCUUCAUUUUCCUAUAUUCCAUGCCCGGACAAUUUGUCUUGUUUUCGUGCAAGAUGCAUGUAAACAGAGACCGAGAUGGCCUAGAGACAAGGACUGUAGGAACUUUAGUGCCGCUUUGUUGCUAAGGUGACUCCUGAGGAUUGAUGAAGCCAGCUGUUCUGGAUUAUAUGAGAAUAUUUUAAUUUUAUGAAGGUUCAAGCGUUGGUGGCGAUGGCCAAUACGUUGAGGGCUGGAAGUGGCCCAGCCCUGAUGUACGCACAUACGGGCUGCUGGUGCGGGGUCUGGCAAGAUCUCUGAAAGUCUCAGAUGCUCUUGGAGUUAUUGCGAAUGUCUCCGGGCCAGGAAUCUUUUCGGGGGAGGAGGUAUUCUAGUCAUGUUUUAUUUUACAUGUUCCCUUACCUGUGCGACUGCAAAUGCGAAUUACAUCAUCUUCAAGAUCAUUUUAUUAUACCAGUGCUUUCAUUCCGUGGCAAGUUUUUGACUCAAUUCAUUCAAGAUAGAUACUCAGCCAACAAAAAAUAAUUGAAUUUUUCUAUAAAGAGGGAUCGUGGUCAAGAAGUGGCUAUUCAAUCAGAUAAUGAACCAUUGGUUACGAGCUGUGUAUGAAAGGUCAUGGUUGCUUUAAUAAUUUUACCAAUGGACCUUACAGAUAGGUAUUUCUUGCUUCUUGGGAUUUAACUAUCAUUAUCUAUCAACUUUUUGGCUCAAUGUGGCAUCAUGCGGUGUCCAUGGUGGUAGUCAUUUUAUCAUCGAAAAAAUAAUGUAGGGAAGUGAUCAAGAGGAGGAGACAAACGGUAAAAAAGAAUUUCGGCUAAAGGGGUAGAAUUUUGUUAGGAAAGAUAUAUCUUCUCCUAGCCUGGUAAGCCCACGCCACAGUGCCAUGCAACAUGCUUGUCCAGAAGAAGAUUUUCUACAAUCAUGUAGCUGUAUGGAAAAUUGUGACAGGUUACCUUAUAACUAUCAUUUUAAUGGUAGAAAGAUCCAGACAUCUGGGAUUGAUUAGCGUUUCUUUAAGUUGAAUGUCUCUUUCAGAGUAGGUCAUGCUGAUUCCGGGUCGGGAAUAUAUAUAUAUAUAUAUAUUAUUUUCUCACAAAUUAAGCGUUUCUUUAAGUUGAACGUCAGUACAAUACACUGAAUCACAUUAAGUGUUGAUGUGUGCUUGGCGCCGUUCCCAAGUUAGGCAAAUUAUUUUAUUUUAUUUUUCCAUUAUUUCCAUCCCUUUUUUUAUUUUUUUGAAUGUGAAAUUAAACAUUAGCAUCUCCUAUGGGUGUUUUCAGAUGCCUUUUGGAAAGAUUGUGAAGUGCCCAACCUGUAUGAUAGCGAUUGCUGUUGCGCAGGCUCAACAUGGGAUUCAAGUAAGUUGCCCUCUCUAUGAAUAUGAAGUAUGAACGAUAUUUCAAACAAAAGUAUCUUUCUCAUCACUCAACCACUAAGGGUUGGCUAGCUAAAUGCCUAUUGCUUAUGCUUUUGGCGCAGUUGUGAUUUUUCUUAUGUAUAUAUAGUUCUGUUCUUUUUAUAUUCAUCGAUGUAAUUAUUAAAAUUCACUUUUAAUAAUAUAUAGACAACUGCGCAACUAUGGAGAAAUUGCCAACUGGUUUUAUGGCUAUUUAAGCAGAGGUUCUACUUUUUGGGGUAGCUUGUUCUGGUGAUUAAAUCGCCUUGCAGCGGAUUAUUAACAAGUGGGCAAAGAGUAAUAUUAGAAAACUUUUGGAAACUCUCUGGAAUCUUGGCAACCGAAAAUUGAAGAAAAAUAACGUGGUAUCAUGAGUGGAAGAGAAGGAUAUGGUCGCUUAGUAGAAGGAAACUCUCUGCGCGAAUAUUCUCAUCUUUAAUCUGCUGAAAAUGUUGGCUUCAUGUAUUGGAACAAUUCUGUGAUUUUCUCACAAAUUGAAUCUGCCUCUAUUCAGAGAAGUUUUAGGAUAUGAAUGGGUUGGAAAGUUCUAAAUUCCGAUAAAAAGGAGGGGAAUGAAAUAUUUUUUAGAAAAGGGAGGAUAUUCUCAUGCUUCAGGGAAAAAAGUAUAGUUUUUGUCAUUCUAUGUGCAUUCUUAUCCGGGAGGGCACCAAGCUUCCAGGGUCCAGCCCGAAAGCAUGCUGUUUUCGCUUCUCCUCUUUCAUUACCCACAUGGUAGGUACAUCCCCUCCUCCUCUCUCUCUCUCUCUCUCUCUCUCUCUCUUCCCCACUGCCCCCCUCGCCCUCUCCUGGCACAUGCUUCUGGCAGUACAGAAUGUUAAACAACUUUCAUUGUAGUAUAUAUGUAUAUACAUACCAAUACAAUGAAAGAGUUACACUAUGCAGAUUUUCUGGUUCUCCCAAUUCAUGACACUGGUGUUGGCUUGGUCUGUCCCCAAUGUGUUUUUAUGGUUGGCGGCUAAUGUAGAGCGCUUUUGGUGUCUUUCAGGUUGCUUCCUGCUCCAAAUGCCGCUACCAAUAUGAGCUUGUUUCUGGAAACAUAGUCAGUAUUGCGUCUGAAGAGCUCAGGUUUGUAAGAACUACUACUUGAUCUCUUGAUAAGUUUAAAGACUAUUCUCAGAAGGGUUUGCCUGUUAAAUAUUUUGAAGCGAUAUAAAUGCAUUCUUUCAGUGUAAUGAUUGGUAGUUAUCUUAAAUAGCAUCAUGGUGAAACCAUUGUUUAAAAACAGGGUGUUCUUAUCCGGACAUUUAAUUUUAACGUAUUUUAACUUAUUUUAACAUAGGUGGUGAACUGAGUUGCUUCAGAUAAAUAUAUAAAAUUCCUUUAGCUUAUACUUCGUCAGGAAUUUGUUCUUCAGUGUUCUCAGGUAACUCAAGUUGUACUGGAAAUUCCAUUAUGAUCUUAGGUGAGAACCUUGUUCCAGGUAAGAAUAUAAUUUCUUUUGAGAAGAAUAGGAAACAGGGGUUAGGGAAAGAGGGGACGGAGUCGUAGAGACCGAAUCGGUUCUACCACAACAGGCGGAGGAUCUCCGGAGACUUUGGGACCAAAUGCUUCUUCCUACGCCUAUACAACAGAGUUCCCCUUAUUAAUAACCCUCAACCUUCCCCUUCGCACGUGGAUGCUUACUAACAUCCGUGUGCAUUGGUUGGGCCAGAAGGAGCUGGAAGCAUCUUUUGUCUUGAGUAUGUCUUGAUGGGAGGCUUAUCCUCUUUUGGUUAUCAUCUCGAAUAGUGAAGGAAUUUAUUAAAACGGUGAAAACUUGGGUUAGCAAUACAAGAGGUGGAAAAUACCAAUUUAAUGCUGUAAAACAUUAGUCAAGAUGUGAAGGAACUUACUGAAAGCUGAAACUCGGAAGGAUAUUACUUAUUCUGAUCUUUUCGUCUUCCCAGAAGAGGUAAUUUGAGCUAGCUCAACACUCAGUCUCGCUUAUGUGCCUCCUUUUUUAAACUUGAUGAAUUGUAGAGGCAUAAAUCGGAUUGUUCUCUUUGGCAGAAGUGCCAUGUAUGCAUCUUUCACUAAAACAUGUGCUAUGUGAUGAUGCAUGCUUUUUUCACCUCUGCGAUUUUAAGACAGAAAUGGAUUCAGUUGAUUGGUCACCUGUAUUAAUAAUUUUAUAGGGUGUUGAUUGUCUGGUAUUCACUUUUCUAAGGAUGUGCUCCUGCCGAACGCAGCAUCAAAUUUUCUCCUUGGCAAAAGGGGUUGAGGGUUCUGCGGUUAAUUAAUGAAGAUGUUCCUGCUGCCAUCCAUUCCAUUGUGGUAAUCCUUUUGUUCGACUACUUGUGUUUAUCAUAUCAUAGAUCACAUAACUAGUAUAUGAGAGACGGGUUCCAGUUUUUCUGUGCUUUAUCUUGAGCAUGAAUAUCAGAUGGGUGCAAAUGUUGAAUAUACCCAUUUUAACUAAAAUAUUCUAAACUGAUGCCAGUAUUUCCUCGGCCAGAAGUCUGUUUUCCAAUAUUUCUCUGACAUAUCUCCGUUUCAUACAACAUCUUCUGACUUUCCUCAUUGAGGUAGACGGUGUGAAGGGUUAGGUUCCAUGCCUCCCCUCCAAAACAAGGAAGAAAAGUUGAAGCUUAUCUUAUGAAAAAUUGUAGGAUAAUGAUUGGGCCGUUUACUUUAUAUCACUCUCAAGAUCAAAAUAUUUGCCACUUAACAUAGGUUAUCUAAUGCUCCUGAAUGGGUAGAGACUCUGGGGACACGACUGCCACUGGAAAUUCUUAGAGAAAAAUGGACAGUAAAAACUCUGCAUAUUGUGGGAUAACAACUGUUUUUUGUUUGUGAAGAGAUGGUCUGAAGAAAGAAGUAUUGUUAGAUUUUAUCUCAAUGUGGGCACACAUAUGUAUGAAUUGUAUAUCAUGGGGCUAUCAUCCUACUAAAGUGAUUCAUUAAGAUUUAAUAAGGGAUUACAACAUCUCUUGUAAGUAUGGGGUUAAAAAUGUGUAGAGAUCAAGUUAUUUCUAAUUUUAUGAUGGGCAGAAUUAGAAAUUGACACCUCGAGGCUAUAAAUAGUCAUCGGAACCUUAUGUCUUUCCUCCUAAAAGUUAAAGGAUCAUGUGUAGUGGAGCUCUCUUGCUGCCAUGUUUUAAUGUUGAUGACCUGACUCUUGUGUUUGUGUCUAUGGAUUGUGGCCCUGGUUCAGUUGACCACAGCUGGGCCAAACUCCUAUGAACUGAAUCACAGCUGAAUUUUUUCAGCUGAUUUUUUUUUUUUAAAAAAAAACCAGGUUCACUUGUUUAUGCCUCUAAGAGAGCUUAAGCUCAAUCUAAAAAACCUUUAGGUAGUAAUUGACCUAGUGAAGUUCAUAUCAUGUGAACUCAGUCCAAAAUUGGAGAAAGCCGCCCACACCAGACCAUUUAUCAUCAAACUACCUCCAUUAAUAGCAAAAUAAGAUUAUCCUUAUCAUAUCCUAAUCUGGUGUUAAACUGAAUAAUCCUUGGAACCGACUUUAUAAAGUUUGUUUAAUGUCCUGAUGGCGAUUUAUUAUUAUUACUAUUAUUCCAUUUGUAUGUUUUGAAGUGAAUUUCUCAGAAGGGAGAGGAGAACAUUGUUCUGAGACUAUUCUUUCCCUUUUCGAUCUUAUCAUAACCACUUUAGAGAACUCAUUUGAAACUGUUCCAUAGGUUAGGAUACCUGGAGGGAGAGCUCGAACACACAGGUUUGCUACCAAAACAGUUGAGCUCCCUGCUCAAGAAGGAGAACGAGUGACUAUUACUCUAGCAUCAGCGGCCAACUUCUUUCGAGGCCCUCUCAGAUUUAAUCCCCGGCCGCCUCAGUUUAGCCCUGGUGAACCCAUGUGCUUGACAAACCACAAAAAUGGCCGGGAGUCACUUCUGCUGAGGGCACCUACCAAAGAUGGAAAUUCCUUUAUGCUCAGUCCGUCCUUUCUCUUUCCUGCUUUUGCUCUGUUGGCCUCUGGCGAUGCUGCCUCUGCCUUCAUUGAUCCCACCCUACCAAGGCUCAUAACCGUUGCUGCUUUUGCAUCUGUGGCGGUGGGGGCCACCCUAAAUCGAGCAAUUCUUCCACAGCUAAAUCAGGUAACCAGGAGCUUUCUCUGAUUUUACAGGGAUUAGGUUAUAGCUGAUAACUAUACUUACUUUUUUUGUGCAUAAACGACCCUUUUCCUUGUCUUCCAUUAGACUAAAGUUUAUAUAUCUAUUAUCUGGUGCGGACAAGCUAUAGUUUUCUCAAAAUAUAACACCUAGAAUGGAUCUUGGCCCUUAAGCACUAGCUUGCUGCAGAGAAUGCUUUGUUAACACAGUGGUAUGAAUUUGGUUGGCUAUUAACUGUGUAACCCUAAUUGAUCAAGUAAAUCUCUCAGAAAAACAAAAAAAGAAGAAAAGGUGUAAAAUGAAAUAGAUGUCAUAUUUUGGAAGGUGUGUAAUCCCCACAACCUGAAAAUUGGUCACAUAGAUGAAAUAUGCAGCAUGGCCUCUGCUUACAACCCUGGGGAAGAAUGUCGAUCUCAUUUGAUUAUUUUCAGUUUAUCACCUUCUAAUUUCUACUUAUGGCACAUAAAUCAUACAUGUUCUAUGGUUCUUGAUGAUUACAGCUACCCAAAAGGAUGGUGGAUACAAUUGCGUUGAAGCAGCAGCUUUUAUCUCAGUAUGACUUGGUGCAGAACCGCAUCAAGGGCCUUAUUCAGGGUGCAGAAGAAGAGGUGUCUUGCCUUCUGUUAAACUAGUUCUCCUAACCGGUGGUAAUUUAAAAGGGCUACUACAUUAGUGGAUCUGAUACUGGGUCGACUUAAUCUGUAUUCAAAGGUUUGGAUGCUGGCUCGCAUGUGCCAAUUGGAGAACAAGAUUUUAGCAGUUGGGGAGCCUUCUUAUCGGUUAGUAAUGCUUCCAUUGAAUUUGUCACAAACACAAUUUCAUGCGAAAUAGUCGUUGGUAUACAUAAUAUGAUGGGUCUAUGGCUGGAAAUCUGCAUGGUAAGAGGCUGCUUCCUGGUGCAGUGCCCGAAGAGUCAGGGUCAAGAGUGUUCGUGAAGGCUUGGAAGAUUCCCUAAUGAGAAGGAUCCAAUUAAUUGAAAGCUAUGCGAAGGUAUGCCAAUGAGGAAGAUCAAUGAUGUUGUUGCCACUUUCCCUUGUUUUUUUUUUUUUUUGAAGUUGACGGGGAAACAUAAUUAUUCAAAAUAAAAAUAAAGAUGACAUGUAUGAUUGUGUGUGAACUGUGAGAACUUUGGAACAAUACACGACCAUUGUGUCCUACACCAACAUGUUGUAUGACAGAGUUGAAUGACCACAAGCCAACAAUGAUAGAACCGCCUGCAUCCUCAUUCUAGGAAUCGUAUAGAACUGAAAAAUUAUCUGUAUAAAUCUCAUUUAUUGAAAUUAGUGCUGUUCUUUCCUAGAUAUCUUCAAUGAUUGAAAUAGAAGUGGAAAUGGAUUCUGAUCUUCUUGCUGCAGAAGCAACAAGUAAUGCUGUGAGUCCCAGAGCUUAUUCAUUAAAUCUGAUCACAUAUGCUGCAACAAUUCCAUGCAGCUUCCUUUUCCUUCCUCAUAUGCUGUCUGCGAACUAUGUGCAGGAAAGUAUCACUGAACAGAUAAAUCAAGCUAUGGAAAUUGAGAACCUCGAAGAGGCAUGGGUUUCCUUAAUUACAAUAUACUUCCGCUUCAGGAUUAUAUUUUCUGCCAAAAUGACGAUGCUGGUUUUUAUUUUCCUAUGUCGGAAUGAAUCUAUGCAGGAAUGGCGGAUCCAAGCUGAGGCAAACGAUGAGGUCGAAAGGCUUCUUAGAUCUCAGCCUAUAUCAACAGAACAUGUGUAG